UGAUUAUAUUUUAAGAAACUAAAAAUGAGCAGUUCCUUUGAAUGGCCUUGGCAAUAUAAUUUCCCUCCAUUUUUUACAAUUCAACCAAACCUAGAUACUCGAGCCAAACAAAUUGAAGCAUGGGGUAGUAUUAUACUUAGUUAUUUUAAAUACUAUAAACUGUAUCGACUAGAUUUAACUGAAGCACAAUCCCAUGUUUUAUUCAACAAUGCCAGCAUCAACAGAAAACUUUCUAGAGAUGGUAUUUUAUUAGUAUUAGAAGCUCUUGAAAAAACAGGUCAUGUUGAGUGGGAUAAUCCUAAAGAUAAAAAAAAAUGCUAUUUAAUGUGGCGUCGGCCAGAAGAGUGGUCAGAGUUAGUUUACAACUGGGUGAACAUGAACGGAAUGACUGAUACUGUUUGUACAUUAUUUGAGUUGCAUUCAGGAGAUGAUACAAUUGGAGAAGAGUUUCACAACAUUGAUAUUAAUGUACUGAGAAAAGCACUUCAGAUAUUAGAAAAACGCGGAAAGGCGCAAAUUUUUACAGCCGAAAAUCCACAGGAAGAAGGGGUCAAGUUUUUCUCUUAGUUUCUCAAGUCAAAUAUUAGAUUUGUUUUUGUAUAAUGUCUUGAGAUGUCUUUCUAAUUUUUAUUUUUUAUUUUUUUCUCAUUUUUAUUAAAUAACUAACAUAAAAGCAGAUACAAAUUGAUUUUAACUUUUUUUUUUGCUUUUAUAAAAAAUAAGGCAUGGCUUAUAAUUUUUUGUUUUUUUUCUUGUUAAAUUACUAGAAGCAAAAGCUGUUAGUGUCUUUUAUUAGCAUGAAGAUAUAUUUAUAAAGUUUUACAAUUAUCAAUAAAUAUCU